AUGCUCAAAAGUCGAGAGCGACGAGACGCGUCUGGACGACCGAAAUGCGGAUUUUGGCAUAUUGCUGCCCCAAUUCUUGUCACACUCAUCGCAAUCGCUUUGGUCGUUUCUCUUCUAUUAAUCUACGUGAAUUCACAAAGAAUACGAAGAGAAAUUGAUGAAAACGCGGAAUAUUUGAAUGAUCUCGUCAGAAAAGUGAAUGAGAAUCCGAAAUCAACAUGGAAGGCAAAAUUCAACAAAUUUGGCUCAAAAGCGAAAGAUUAUGGAUUGAAAUCGCCGAGAAAUGAGACCGCGAUCACUGAAUAUUUCAAUCUACUCGAGAAAUUCUUUGAAUGGGACAUUAUGAAGAACCAUAUAAAAACGCUGCAAGAGUUUCCCGUCGACGAGUUGCCGGAAUCGUUUGAUUCAAGAGAGAAAUGGUCGAAUUGUCCGUCGAUUUCGUAUGUGCCAAAUCAAGGCGGUUGUGGAUCGUGCUAUGCUGUUGCUGCUGUCGGAGUGGCGGCUGAUCGCGCGUGUAUCCAAUCGAAUGGCACCUACAAAGCGCUGUUCUCCGAUGAGGAUGUGCUCGGCUGUUGUGCUGUUUGUGGAAACUGUUUGGGUGGAGAUCCGUUGAAAGCGCUCACCUAUUGGGUUCAAGAGGGACUCGUGACAGGUGGCCGUGAUGGUUGUCGACCGUACUCUUUCGAUACCUCUUGUGGAGUCCCGUGCUCUCCAGCAGUUUUCCCCGAGAAUGAGAAAUCUCGAGGCUGUGUUCGUCGAUGUCAAAACAUCUACUACCAGAAUAAAUACGAUGAUGAUAAGCAUUAUGCCUCAAUCGCCUACUCGAUGUACCCCCGUGGAAUGACGCUGUCGGCUGAUGGAAAGAAACGAGCACAGGUUCCAACGAUCAUCGGCCACAUCAACAAGACCAUGGAGGAGCCGAUCUCACUUGACGAGAUUCGCACAAUUCUGAAGACAGAGCUCUUCCUUUUUGGCCCAACUACAAUGGCUUUCCCUGUACCAGAAGAAUUCUUACAUUAUGCUGAAGGCGUUUUCCGGCCAAUCACUGAGGAGAAAUUCAACGAUCGAGUCGUUUAUUGGCAUGUCGUGCGUUUGAUCGGCUGGGGAAAGGACAAGGAUGGUGCUCACUAUUGGCUAGCAGUCAACAGCUUUGGGAGGAAUUGGGGAGAUAAUGGUGUCUUCAAAAUCAACGUCGAUUCAAUGGAGAAAUUCGGGCUCGAGUACGAAGCGGCGCUCAUU